AUGCUUGGUUUCAGAAAGCUUUGCGCGACUCUUUGUAUAGAGCUAAGCCUCUGGGUCGCCGGCGUCCAAGGGUUUCAAAGCCAUAAAUUCAAGGUUGGAGGGUUAUCCUCUGCCCCAUUUCAAGCGCCCAGCCCAAAUACACAGGCGUCACAUGUCCUUUCUUUGACUCGACAAGCUUCUGGGAUCUCUAGGAGCGCAGGCUAUGUGCAAUCACUUCGGAAGGGCAAUGAGGUCAAUGGAGUCUAUGGUGUUGCUCCAUUGACAUCGGUCGAGGAAGGCACAGUCUUUUUGACCGGCGUGGAGUUUGGGACCGAAUCCUUCCAAGCGGUUGUUGAUACAGGCAGCAGUGAUACUUGGCUGGCUGGGAAAGGGUUCCAAUGCGUCAAUGUGACUACGGGGGCUGAUGAACCAGAGAGCGAUUGCCUGUUUGCUUCAACAUACACGAUAGAGCCACCGUUCAAACAGAUCCCCGAUGUCAAUUUCAACAUCACGUAUGGCGAUGGAGAGUUCUUAACGGGUAUCUUUGGCAUUGAACCGGUGACGAUAGCCGGAAUCACAGUCAAAAAUCAACAGGUUGCUGUUGUUGACUUCGCAGCAUGGUUCGGCGACGGCGUAUCAAGCGGCUUGAUAGGCUUCGCUUUCCCUUCGAUCACCAGCCAAUAUGCCGGCACGAAUCCUGCCUUGGACACGAUCACCAAUAUUCCGUACAACCCCGUCUUCACCAACAUGUAUGAGGAAGGUCAUGUUGCUCCCCUCUUCAGUCUUGCUAUCGAGAGGUCUUCGCUCAUGUCAGGAACGGUACCUGGCGGCUUGCUUGCAAUAGGUGGCCUACCACCUGUGAUUUUCUCGCCCAUAUUUGCCAGCGCACCAUUCCAGUUGCUUACCAUGAACGACGCCGAUGCGCCGGCUCCGGUGCCUCAAUAUCAGUUUUAUACCAUCACGACGAACGGCUUUUACUACGAAGGAAGCGAGCAUACGCACUGGUCUUUGCCGGACUUCCCCAAUCCUUUCGGGCCCCCAACGAAUUCGUCUCAAGUCCAGGUCAUCGUUGAUAGCGGCACCACCUUGAUAUACCUGCCCACGGGUAUUGCGGAUGCAAUCAACGCACUGUUUGAUCCACCGGCUAUUUACAGUGAUGACGAAGGUGCAUACGUUGUAGAUUGCAGCGCAAAGGCUCCCGAAUUCGGUAUCAGGAUCGGGGCAGAGACAUUCUUCAUCAAUCCGGAAGACCUGUUCUUGGAUAAUGGAGACGGGACGUGCAUCUCGGGCGUUGAUGACGCUGGCGACAGUCUCUCGAUCCUUGGAGAUGUGUUUCUGAAGAACGUACUGGCCGUAUUUGACGUUGGAGCUAGCGAGAUGAGGUUUGCGGCGCGGGAAUUUUACUAA